GCUAUUGGUCGACGCUGGCUUCGACCCUGGUGGAAUCCACUGUUAGCGUCGACUCGGAAGGGUCCAAACUCCAGAGGACACAGACUGGAGGAAGGGCUCUCGGUGGUCCAGGUUAGCUAGAGUACUCUCCCACAGCGCUAGCAGGUGACGUUCUAACGUUAGCUGCUGUCUUGCAGAGGCCACCCGCUGUGGCGGCACAAGUGACGUCCAUGGCCUCCACCUUCCCACCCCGGGUGACCCUCGUCCAGCUUAUCGACUACAGUAGACUGGACCCUUCAUUACUGCACACUGAUGAACUGGACAAAAUUUCUCUCCUCCAGUCCCCUCCUCUGUGGACCGGCUUAACACCAUGAAAUGAAUGAGGCCAGACCUCUGACCUAUCCAUGGACCGACAAUCUUGAAGCUUCUUCACUCUAUCAAUGUCUUUCUCAACCACCGCAAAAGUAUGGGCGACUCUCCACCACCCGAAGGAGACGCAGCAGACGCUCACAAGUCCACGACGACCAACCCGCCGCACAGCAAUCAGGUUAUAAACAUCGACCCCGAGGGUGAUAUUGUCCUCGAUGUGGUCUUUGAGACGUCCAUCGACACGCUGCGCAAGAGCAGGAAGAUAGCGCUGGCCGCUGCCCGUAGAGCUGGCAGCUCCGCCCUCCCCCUACCAGAGCUAAAGACCAAGGUCGAGGCGGCGUAUCGAGUGACUCUUGAAACGCUGAAGAGAAACUCAAAGUACUUCACCAACCUCCUAUACAACCCCCAGUUCCAAGAAGCGAAGACCAUCGAAUACGCGCACGAUGCUUUGAAAGCUAGAGGCGCGGACCCUAAGAAAGUAGACGCCGUCGACCUACCUUGGAUCAAGAUCGCAGACGAUGAUGAGGCAUCCAAAGCGGCAGGUCGAGAGCAUGUCUUUGAGGACUUAUUGUUGAUGAUACAUUCCAAGCCUAUCAAGACCACAAAACUCACCAUGCCCUAUGUCACCACUCUGGCCAUCACGGCAGAUCGUUUUGACUGUACACCUACACUGUCCCGAGCCUUGAAUGGAGAGUACAAGUUCAAGUGGCCCCUGACUGCGGGCAAGCCCAUGAGGGAUGAAAACGGACGAGCCACCGAAGCCGAGCAACUGAUACGCCAGAAGAUCCUGGUGGCUUGGUUGCUUGGCCAGCCCAUGCGCCUGCACAAUGCGACUCGUGAACUCAUCAUGAGAGGCUCCAGUCAUUGGAGCGCAUUCCAUGACGAGGCAGUAGACUCCAUGGCGGCUUGGUGGACACUGCCGGAUGGCCUUGAGCAUGAGCUGCAGUACCGUCGCGAAUGCAUCCUAAACACCAUUGCCUCUGUGCAACGCCACUUUCUCAAGCUGUAUUCCUCAAAAGACCGUCAAUGCAAGCUAGGCUAUGACUCGUCGCCAGCGUGCGACUCGUUUCAGCUUGGCCAGCUGCUGCGGUUUCUCGUCUCCAAGAAUCUACUCUCCCUUGUUGACUUCUCCCCUGAUUCCUUGGAUGCCGUGCCUGACACUUCCAUGGCCGACAUUGAUGACCUGCUCGCCACGCUACGCCAAUUCCCUGCGUACCAGGUCGACAGGCACCAUGUGAAUUGCGGACCGCGCAUCCGCGCAGAGCCUGUCUUCGAGUACAUCCGUGCCAUGGUCGGCGCAAGCGUCGUGAGCAUACCAUUCAAGGAGUGGAGGGGCAGGAGAAGCGAUGUGAGCUGGGUGGUCACGCAGACGGCCGGCGAAGGCGAGGGCGAGUCCACCUUUAAGUUUACGAGAGCAUUGGCCAACGAUAAACGCCUCCGACUCGAGGGUGCCAUGUUUGCAGAUAAGAUGGCAAAGAAGCUCUUCACCUCAGAGUCCUGGGACUGGACACCAGAACUUUGAUAUUUUGCUAUGAGGCAACGACGAAACGACACGGAAUUGGAGACACAGCUGGCGUUUCGGGAGCAUCCUGUUAUUUCGGACUGACAACGCAUUUUGGCGUGCAAGAAUUAGAGAGAUAGAAUAGAAGAUCUUAGCCAUUGCAAA